CCUCUCUUUCUUUGCUUUCCUCUUUCUCAACUUUUCCUUAACCCUUAAGUCUUCUUUGUCUCUCUCUCUCCCUCUCUCUCUCUCUCUCUUCACCUCCUUCCUCUUCAUAUCUUUCCAAGCGCCAGAGAUCGAGGCAAGAUCCCUAAAAUGGCUGAUGCAGACACUUGCACCAAGAAACAGGGCCUGAUCUCGGAGCGAAACCCAGCGAGGACGAGUAAGUUCUUCACCCACUUCCUGUUCAAAGCCCUCAUAGUUGCAGUCUUCCUUGUGGUCCUCCCUCUAUUCCCUUCACACGCCCCUGAGUUCAUAAACCAGACCGUGCCCAACAGAAGCUGGGAGCUUCUCCACAUUGUGUUUGUGGGAAUUGCGGUUUCUUAUGGCCUCUUUAGCAGGAGAUCGAACGAGGAGGCUGAGAAAGAGAGUGGCGGCCCCUCUAAAUUCGAUAGUGCACAGUCCUAUGUGUCUAGGUUCCUUCAUGUGUCCUCUGUUUUCGACGAGGAAGCCGAUAGCCCGUCUGGGUCUGAUGAGAACAGAGUCCAGACGUGGAGCAGUCAGUAUUUUAGGAACGAGCCCAUGGUGGUUGUGGCUCCAGAAAGCGCUUCUGCUGAUGAGGAGAUAGGUAUGAGUUCCAGGAUUGGCGAAAAGCCGUUGCUUUUGCCUGUUCGGAGCUUAAAGUCGCGGGUCGCAGACGAUUCUAGCGAUACUGCUGAUGAGCAUAGUGGCAUGUCUAACUCUUUCAGUAGGUCUAGUUCCAAUUUUGGCUCGAAGAGGGUUUCGAAGAGCUCGAUCAAGAAGAGGAAAGGACCGCUUGUGGAUUUGGAUCUCGUCGGACCAGAGGAGAAUUCUAAGGAGAAUAACGUCGUCCUGCCGUCGCCGAUUCCAUGGCGAUCGAGAUCAGGACGAAUGGAAGUGAAGGAGGAUAUAGACAUUCCUUCGAUGGAGGAAUCCGAGACCAAUCUACACGAGGCUCGGCCCUUUAGGCCUCAAACUUCACGGUCAUCUCGACCCAAUUCCGCUACCGCGUCCCCAAAGCUGUCGCCUUCGCCGUCCUUAUCUUCACCGAGGAAAUUAUCUCCAUCACCUUCUCUAUCCUCGGAGUCGCAAACAAAAACUCCGGAGGACUUGGUGAGGAAAAGGAACUCUCAUAAGUAUUCUUCUCCUCCGGUCCCUCCACCACCCCCACCGCCACCUCCUAUGAAUUUCAGAUCGUCGUCCAUGAAACUGAAUUCGAGUUUGAGCUCUCAGGUCAAUGGAAUUUCAUACGAGAAGGACAUGAGAAGGAGCUUCUCCUGUGAGUACAAGGACACGAAUGCAAGCAACAGGGAAAUUCCAAUGAGGAAAGCCAACUCAGGUACCUGGAAAGGAAAAGACACUAGAGACUAUUACCCGAACGAAGAGGCAGAAACAGAAUUCGAAGAUGAUUUGGUGAACCCACCGAGGAGAAAGACUGUGGGAUUCAAUCAAAUUCCGUUCGCGACUGACAAAUGGACCCCCGAGAGCACGGUGCAGAAGCCGUAUUCCCGGGAAUCUCCAAAGGAAGGGAGGCCGGAAUUCCUUGAGAAGAUGAUCGUGGAAUCCAACGAAGAUUCAGAGAGCGAGGAAGAUGCCUUCGAAGGGGCUUUGUGCAACGAUCAAGUCGAAGCCGAUUCGAGCAGCAUCAGCGACGGAGGACCAGACGUGGACAAGAAAGCCGACGAGUUCAUAGCUAAAUUUAGGGAGCAGAUAAGGCUUCAGCGGAUCCAGUCGAUCAAGAGAUCGAGUGCGGAGAUCAGUAGGAACGCUUCUAGGUAGAUAUUAACUUGAGGACCCCUCCGCUUAUCGAGGCGUACAACGCAAAGUAUUUUCGAUGUUGUUCUGCGAUUUUUCUUUCCUUUUUUUCUCACCGACCUCGGUUUCAUGUUUGAAUUUGCUUAUAUGCUCUACUUUAAAGGCAUGGCAGUGGUUUGAACUUAGAGUGCAGUGUAGAGAGGAGGAUGGUCAUGGAAUGGAAUCGUUUCCUUGUUUAACUCCUGGUUAUGAUCUGAUCUUUUGGCCCUUUGCUUGUAAAAGCAGGGCAGGUUCAUGGCUGCAGUUGAA